AUGAUCAAUGCGCUUUUCAUGGCCACGUUCUCGUCGCUGCAGGGAUAUCCCCCAGCUCUCUAUCAUGCUCGAAACAGCUAUGGAUCAGCUUUGUCUCUGACUCGAAAGGCGAUCCAGUCACGAAAAGAGGCUUUGUUGGAUAGGACUCUGUUUUCGGUGUUGCUCAUGAGUAUAUUUGAACGCCUCGCCGAAGUAGAACAACGAGGGUUAUACAUUCGCAACGGACAUCUAAAAGGUGCCAUUGAGCUGAUGGCCUUGAGGGGGAAUGGCCAAUUUACAGACGAUGGGGGCGCUAAGAUGUUUUUGCAUCUAACCGAGCUUGUUGUUCUUGAUUGCCUUGCCAAUGAAGCUGAUAUUCCACUUCAAUUCUUGGCAUUGCGACAGCAAGCUCUUGAAGCCGGUGCAGACACAUCGUCACCAAGGUGGACAUUCUUGGAAAUCAUGAUGCGUUAUGCACAGUUGGAGCGUUCCGCAAUAUCUUCCAUCUCUGCGGAAGACGUCAUUCAUCAAGCUAAAGCACUUGACGAAGAUCUUGAUCGAUUGUCCAACUGUCUGCCUUCUUUCUUCUCGAGGAGGCAGAGCCCUGAACCCCCAAGCAUUCCGUCAGCCAAGCCGGACAUAUAUCCUGACUAUAAUACACAGAGGUGCUGGAACAACAUCCGGGUUCUCCGUAUUCAGCUACUGAAACUUAUACGCGAGCAAUAUGCUCGGGUGUUGGGAAAUUCGGCCAAUGACGCCUGGGCCAUGGCCGGACUUCAUGAGUCUAACCGCCGAGUGCAUUCCCUUGCUACAGACAUAUGUCUCUCCAUACCUGGUACAGGGGCUAACAGCAGGCUUCCUUAUGAGGUCUCCAAUAUCCAAUCGGUAACACUCUUAUUUCAUCUAUAUGUGGCCAAAGAGGUUUUAGUAAAGCCAGCUCAAUCAAGGCUGUAUAUUCAUGAGCGAUUACAAUUCGUGAAAGAGAAGCAAGCUCCUUCACAGCAUAAGACACUGGAUUAUUUGCUACAUGAUGGUUAUCAAAUGCCGCGAAACACUUGGAAGAUGUGGCUUUCAAUAGGAAGAGAGGAUUUUUCUAUCUGA